CAUCUUGUUCCCCGGUAAUCUGGUGCUUGGAAGAUCUUUCCUGACUCUUAUAGAGGGAUCGCGCUCGUUUAGAAUUUACAUUAUAUAUUUUUGUGUAACUGUUGGGCCUCACUAAAGAAAGACUGGAAUCCUGUUUUAAUGGAGCUUUAUUGAGAAGCAGCAACACCCUUAAAUACAAACCGAAGGCGCCAGAUACCUAGCUAGUUAGCUAGCUAGCUUAUCUAUCUUAGAAAAUAUGGCCAAUAACACAGCGUUGGCGGGGAAUCAGCAGCAGCAACAGGCCGUGAAUAAACCCGCAGCAUCAGGAAAGCAGGGAAAUGUGUUACCUCUGUGGGGCAACGAGAAGACCAUGAACCUGAACCCAAUGAUUUUGACAAACGUGUUGUCUUCUCCGUAUUUUAAGGUUCAGCUAUAUGAGCUGAAAACGUACCACGAAGUCGUGGAUGAGAUCUACUUCAAGGUGACUCACGUGGAGCCGUGGGAGAAGGGCAGCAGGAAGACCGCGGGCCAAACGGGCAUGUGCGGGGGGGUCCGAGGCGUCGGAACCGGAGGCAUCGUUUCCACCGCCUUCUGUCUGCUGUAUAAACUGUUCACUCUGAAGCUGACGCGCAAGCAGGUGAUGGGCCUCAUCACGCACACCGACUCCCCCUACAUCAGAGCCCUCGGCUUCAUGUACAUAAGGUACACCCAACCCCCUUCGGACCUCCUGGACUGGUUUGAUGGGUUCCUGGAUGAUGAGGAGAUCUCCCUUGUGCAGCAGGAGCUGGACGUGAAGGCCGGGGGUGGAUGCGUCAUGACCGUCGGCGAGAUGCUGCGCUCCUUCCUGACCAAGCUGGAGUGGUUCUCCACGCUGUUCCCGCGCAUCCCCGUGCCGGUCCAGAAGAUGAUCGACCAGCAGAUGAAGAGCAGGCCAAGGAAGGUCCUCAAGAAGGACGACAAAGAGGAGACGGAGGAGGCGGAGAGGCAUGCGCAGCGGAGGCGCUCCAGGACUCCCAGAAGGACUCCGAGCCCUCGGAGGUCCCCGAAGAGGUCGCGGAGCAGGAGUCACCACAGGGACGGACACGGCUCCACCAGCUUCGACUGGGAGCUGGAGAGGGAGCGAGAGAGGCAGAGGAAGGAGAGAGAGGGCAAGGAUCGGGACAGGGACAGGGGCGACAAGGACAGGGACCGGGGAGAAAAGGACCGAGACCGCAGCGAAAGGGAUCGAGGGGACAAAGACCGCCGCCGUUCCCGGAGCCCGGAGAGACGGGGCAGCAGGAGCAAAGACCGCCGGCGGAGCCGCAGUGCCAGCAGGGACAGAAAGAACAACCGGAGAGACCGGGAGAAGGAGAAGGAGGGGGACGCCGAGCGGAGCCGGAGGAAGGACCAAGAAAAAGACCGGGAGAGGGAGAGGGAGGGGGACUCCGACCGGGGCAGGAGGAAGGACCGCGACCAUGACAAAGACCGAGGCAGUGACAGAGACAAGGACAGGGACAGGUCGAGGGACAGGGACAGGGAGCGGACGAAAGACAAGAGGAGCAAGGGGGAGGCGGAGGACAGGAAGCACAGGGAGGAGAGGGAGGAGAAGAGGCAGAGGGAGGAGCGCAAGCCUAGGAAGGCCAGCCGGAGCAGGAGCCGGGAGAGGAGGCACAGGAGCCGGAGCCGGGAGAGGGCCAGCAGGCACCGGAGCGACAGGCCCAGCAAGAGGAGCCGGAGCAGAAGCAGGAGCAGGAGCAAGGGGCACGCGGACGGCGAGGACAGGGCCAGGAAGAGGGAGCGCAGCCACAGCAGGGAGAGAGCGCCCAAACGGAGCCGCAGCAAAGAGCGCUCCCACCGGCGAGAGCACCGCAAAAGCCAAAGCACGGAGCCGGACGAUCCCACACAGGCCAGCAGGGCACAGUCCACAUAAUUUAAUGCUGAAUUUCUCUUCUUUCACUUCAUUUUUUUUUCUUUUUCUUCCAUUUUGUUGUUUUGUUCGUCUCUUGUGCUGGAACGGCACAGAAACACUUCGGAGCGGUCCUUCCCUAGGUUUCUGGGUUGCAUUUGUAGGAUUCUGGUGGUGGGGAAGUGCCUUCGUGUCAUCUUCAUCUUCAUCGACCGUUGUAGCCCAGUACUUGAUUUGUGAUGCAAAAGGUUUUAAUUUUUAUCAUGCAUUGUUUCCUGGAAAAUUUUUUUCAGUAUUGCGUUGUAAAUAAGUCUAAGAAUGUUUUAAAUCCUAUGGAGCAACAACAAUGGUAAAUUUGUAUAAGGCACCAGGUUGCCUCAAGUUGUGCUGUAUUUG